CGCUUACAUUUCACGCCCAACUCAAAAUCGCUCUCCUCUGUUUCCCAUUUUCUCAAUUUUUAUCUAUAUUUUAAUAAUUAUAUUAAAUAAACCAGAGAGAAGAGCAGCUCUCGCCGUUCUCGUUCUCAGGUCUUGAAGAUGUCGACACCAGCUAGGAAAAGAUUGAUGAGGGAUUUCAAGCGGUUGCAGCAGGACCCGCCAGCUGGCAUCAGCGGUGCGCCGUACGAUAACAACAUUAUGCUGUGGAAUGCGGUUAUAUUCGGUCCAGAUGAUACCCCUUGGGAUGGAGGAACGUUUAAGUUGACACUUCAAUUCACAGAGGAUUACCCAAACAAGCCCCCGAUUGUGCGGUUCAUAUCUAGGAUGUUCCAUCCCAACAUUUAUGCAGAUGGAAGUAUUUGCUUGGAUAUAUUGCAAAAUCAGUGGAGUCCGAUAUAUGAUGUAGCUGCUAUACUUACAUCUAUUCAGUCUCUGCUCUGCGAUCCAAACCCAAAUUCGCCCGCAAACUCUGAAGCUGCACGUUUGUUCAGCGAGAACAAACGCGAAUACAACAGGAAGGUACGCGAAAUUGUCGAGCAGAGCUGGACGGCAGAUUAAUAUUCCACCAAUCGAAAAGCUGCACAAGAGGGGAUCGCAAAUUGACGAGCUUAAUUUGCAAAGAUCCCCUCUCCCCUAAUGUUUGUAUUAUUAUGAUUGCUACAAUUACGUUUACUGUGUCUCGUAGUUCGGAAAGAAAAACGCUGUUAUCAAUGUCUUAAAAUGUUUAUUUUCAGGUAAUACGCAGAGUGUCUUUAUCUUGAUAUAUAGUAAUUCUGAAUGAUCCUGCAGCCUAUGUAUAUAGUCAAUAUUCUGUACCGAAUUGCCUAGUAUAUUUUUAUCGACUUUAUUAAUUUACGUCGUUCUUGUGA